CCAUGGCGCGCUCUCGCACGGAACGUUACGCAGCGCGGCUCCUGCGCCUCCUGUCGCGCGCCCUCCUGGCGCUGCUGGGGUUGGCGGCGCGCGCCUCCCGCCUCCCCGCCCCCUCCCCUUCCCCUUCCCCCUCGCCCGCCACCGCCUCCCCGCCGUCGGCCUCGUGCAAGGUCCGCUCGGUCCCGCCGCCCUCGCAAGAGCUGCUGCUCCACUCCGGGGUAGAACUAGCGCGGCGAAUUCGCUGUCAUGAGGUGACAUGCGUGAAUGUAAUUGAAACUUACAUUGGGAGGAUCAAAGAAGUCAACCCACUGAUCAAUGCAGUUGUCAAGGACAGGUUUCUGGAAGCCCUGAAGGAGGCUCAUGAGGUUGACAAGCUGGUCUCUGAAGGUCAUGAUGAUGAAGAGUCACUGCGGGAAAAGUUCCCUUACCUGGGGGUCCCUGUCACCAUCAAAGAGGCCUUUGCGCUGCAAGGGAUGCCCAACACCUCUGGCUUGGUUAACCGCCGCAACGUCAUCUCGAAAACGGAUGCCACGGUAGUGUCACGGUUGAAGCAAGCUGGCGCCAUCCCGCUGGGCGUGACCAACUGCAGUGAACUGUGCAUGUGGUACGAGUCAAGCAACCGCCUCUAUGGCCGAUCCAACAACCCAUAUAACCUGGCAUGCAUAGUGGGAGGCAGUUCAGGGGGAGAGGGCAGCAUCUUGGGAGCUGCUGGCUCUGUGAUUGGCAUAGGCUCGGAUAUCGGAGGCAGCAUCCGGAUGCCUGCCUUCUUCAACGGUGUCUUUGGACACAAACCCACCACAGAUGUCGUGCCUAACGAUGGCCAGUUCCCCGGAGCAGAGGGCAUACGGGUCAAUUUCCUGUGCACGGGCCCCAUGUGUCGUUAUGCAGAAGACCUGGAGCCCAUGUUGAGGAUCAUGGCUGGACCAGGUGUUACAAAAUUGAAGUUGGAUGAAAAGGUGUCCCUGGAGAAGGUGAAAUUCUACUAUAUGGAGCAUGAUGGGGGUUCCCUUUUUGUUUGCCCCGUGGCCCAAGAAAUCAUUCAAACACAGCGGAAGGUGGUAGAAAACCUGGAGGCUAAGCUGGGAGUUAAAGUUCAACACGUGGCUCUUAGCAAGAUGAAGUAUUCGCUCCAGAUCUGGUCGGUUAUGAUGUCUGCCGAUUCCAAAGAUGGAAAGAAAAUUCACAACUUCACGGACCUGCUUGGAGACCAUGGGAAGCCAGUGUGGCCAUUGUGGGAGCUCGUGAAAUGGACAGUGGGGAUGUCUUCGCACACUCUUCCAGCCAUCGCACUGGGGAUAAGUGAGAAGUUUGUGAAGUACACCCCCAAAGCAAACUGUAAGCUAGAAAGCAUGGGGCACAGUCUCCGGAUGGAGUUCAUCAACCUGCUCAAGGACGACGGUAUCUUCCUGUACCCUUCGCACCCUGUCUUGGCUCCCAAGCACCAUGCACCUCUGGGGAUGCCCUUCAAUUUUGCCUACACAGCCAUCUUCAAUAUACUUGGCUUACCAGUAACCCAGUGCCCGCUGGGCUUGAGCAGAGAAGGCCUUCCCCUGGGCAUUCAGGUGGUGGCUGGCCCUCACAAUGACCACUUGACCCUGGCCGUGGCGCGGUACUUGGAGAAGGAGUUUGGAGGCUGGGUUUCUCCUGGCAAACGCUAAUGCCGCUUGCACAGGGCCCAGAGAUAGCAGGGACGUGAAGGCCACCCCGUCUGCAACAAACCUAGCAACAGGCAACUGUGUCUGACAUAGAAGGGAUCGUAGAUGGGGGGGAACCAGCCCACCGUUUUAGUGCUCCCUCUGCUGCGAUGAAGGGCAAGGCGUACAUCUAGUUUUCCUCCCCUUUCCCAGUUGCGACUGAUGCAAAGCAAUUCAGGGAAAGGAUACGCUAUAGGUGGGCUUUUUUGGAUCUCUGGCUGGAAAGAGUCAUGUUGUGGGAGAAGAUAGCUUUGUCUUCCCCCCCCCCCCCUCCUUGUCUUGACCAAGGCAGCAGUAGAGCCAGGCUUCAAACCCUCUACUCCCACUUUUCCUUUUCCUGCUUUAAGGACCAAACCUGAUCCAGGGUCAUUAGAGAGCCGUUAUGAGGUCUUAUUUAUCUCCCAUCUGUUUGUGGGAGAUCUGGGGGCUCUCAGCUUCUUGCAACUUGAGCAAAAGUUCAUUGGCGAUGAAGGAGCCUUCCCGGUAGCCUCAGUUCUUCAUGGCUUCAGCUCAGCUUGAAUGUUUCCAAGUCCCCAGCACUGGCUGCCUGCUUGACUACAAGACUUCAUAAAGCUCAGGGCAGAAGUGGACAAAUCUGCAGGGCAGCUGUUAACUCUCCCAAGGCAUAUGUUGAUCAGUCAGGUAAAUCUCCGUGUGGGGCAUAACACACAGCAUCCACUCUCUUCCACUGUAGAGGAACCGAAUCUUAAAUCUGCUGGGGUCCAAGACGUACUUUGUAUUAGUACAGGGGUUUCUUUUUCUUCUUCCUGCUGAUUGGUCGUGGGUCCUCAUCACAUCAUUCCGCUCUCUUGAUUGGGUGCACCAAAAAACAACAUGCCGUCCACCAUUUCUGUUGGGCCAAACCUAUGCAACUGCACUGGUAUUAAAGAGAAGCUAAUAUAUUCUGGAACU